AUGGCGUUACUGGGAUUCCACGUGGUGAUAUGCUUAAUAGCGGUCACUUUAAUAUCAAAAUUAGUGAGGAGAGCAAACUUUAUCAGUCUUUUCAUCACUAAUGGACUCUAUCGCUUCUUGGCACCAUCAAAUCAAGAGCUGAAAGCAUUGUUGCCACCGACUAAAGAGAAAUUGAAUCAGAGAAAUCGGAGGAAGAAGAGAGAAGACGAAGCAGUGGAAGGGUUCUCAAUCCCCAAAUCAUCGGCAUUCCAAUUGAACGUCUAUCCAGUGGACGUGCGUGAUCUCGUCCAAUUCGAGAUGUACACUUCACUCCAUUGGUUAUGUCUUUGUAUUCCAGUAUGUCUACUGGUGUACACUCUCUCAGAAGUCUAUAAUUAUGUGAUGCCUGAUAACAAAGAUUUCAAUGUAUCCAUUGUCUUCGUUCUCGUUGUCAUCAUGUUCGUUCUUCAAGUACUCACUGCACUCUCCUCUUAUCUCGUUUCGAGUAUCGAUGAGCGCGGAUUCAUGUUGUCGAUUGGAGCCGUCUAUUUCUUGUUUUCAUUCAUUUUUGCGAUGAAUUCACAUAAGAUUUUUGAUAUUGAAAUGUUGGGAGCAUACGACAAAUUAAGCACCAACAUCGCUGACUUCGUGGAGAGCUCUGGUCUAUUCGACAACUCGACAUCCAACAUUCGUGAUUACCGACCAACGAAUCCUUUGAUGAUGUAUAUCUCCCUGUCCGUGUUCUUUUCUAUGCUCUCCGCAAUGCUCGUCUUCCCUAACUUUCGUUGUGCUAUGAUGUACUUGAAAGCACUGGAAAUCGAUGGGCCGAUUAGAAGAGGAUUGGAUCAUGUCGCAUUCCUUCUACCCGCUUUCAUUUUGACUUCCUAUUCAAAGCCAUUGGUUCAUCAAUUGGUUCAUGGACCACGGAAAAUCGUAACCAUCGAUCAACUAGACAUCAUUCGAAUCUAUCUUCUCAUCUUCUGGAUUCUCAGCAAAUUCGCCACUCGAGUAUCCCAUCUCCAGGCACACUUGAAUCUCGCUUAUGAUAAAGUUGCUGAAAUGAGAGCAGAGUCGGGAAAAGUGAAGAACUAUACGAUUCAGGCAAUGAUCUACCGUUACUACCGUUACCUUUGCUGUGCGGCAAUCCAAUAUUUUGGUCCAGCGAUUCUCGCCCUCCUAUUCGCUCUUCUCCUCAAAACUACUGGAAAUCUCUCGUGGCUCGGUCAUCCAUCACCUCUGGAAUCUCCUGAAUUGAAUACUCUCGCUCUUACUGGACCAAUCCGUUUUGUGUUCGAUGCAUCAGUCUGCAGAGCAUUCUUCUCCUUCCUUCUCGUCGUUACUAUUCUGAUUAAUUUCAGUCUUCAGUUGUUAGGCGUUGUAUAUCAUUCCUAUUUUGUUGCGGGUGCUACUCCAGCACCAGUUGCACCAACUAAUUAG